UUGGAUCGAGAUGAUCGGAUCCCACUAAGAACCAGGACUGCAACAUCACUGCCAAAGUCGGUUUUAUUGCACGCAGGUUGUAUAUAUAUUGUGAAUAAGAUUCUAAAAGCAUGCCUUAUGCUCACACUUGUUUACUCGGUAGAACACGCUACCCAAAUACAGACAACGGAUGUACGCUUAAAGAAUUUGUUAUCAUUUUCGAACCAGGGCUUAUUAAGAACAGUCUCAUCAGCCUUGAAAAUAUAAAUCUAGUCCCGGAUAUUGCGAUGUCCGGUGGAAACAGAUAUUCAAUUGGAGAACAUAGAUUUAUCUUGGUAUGAUGAUCAAAGUGUUAUCUUGCGGCGCAAAAAAAAAGUGUUUGUAAAGUGACAUGUCGGACACGCAGGCAUAUCACCAGAAAACCUAGUUACAAUCACUGGGGGAAAAUAAACUAAGAGUGGUGAAAAGAUUGAGGGAUACAGAAUCAAUAGAACUCCGAUCAGAAAUGCCAGUAUACAUGUAGACUAACUCACCUCAAAUAACUCCCUUCACGAUCAAUUCUCGUGCGUGCUUUCACUAAACCAGAUCGGCUCUGUGGGCGAUCCCCCACACCCUUGAACUUCCUCGGCACGAAAUUCACCGAGGAGUUUGUUGCUCAAAGCAUCUUCCCCAUAGGCUUUGAGUGAUGCCUCCAAUGAAACGAUGCGCUAAUUAUUUACUCCUCCUCUUCAACAACCAUUUAUCCGGACCCGAUCUUAAUCAAGCUGUUGCCCUACUUGGAGUGCAUCAUCCGGUCGUAGUCAAUGUUUGCAUUCUAUAUAAGUUGGCGCUGGCCCGCCGUACCAGUUGCAAAGCAACACGGGUCUUGAGACUUUUCUCGCCGAUCACAGCCAAUUGACUAUGAAGUCGUUUAUAUUCGCAUCGCUCUUGAGCAUGCUCGCCGCAGCCGCACCAGCUAGCCGCAGCCUCAACAGCUCGAUUCUAGCAUACUACCCUUCGGACAACCCCAAAGGCGACGGUAUUCUCGUUGUCCCCGGAGGUGGCUACCAGCACGUUUCUCUGGACUAUGAAGGCGCAGAAGCGCAGACCUGGCUCAACCAGCACGGCUACCACGUGUGGGUCCUCAACUACGCCGUUUCCAGCACAGCAUCCACACCUCUCUACCCAACGCCGCAGAACCAAGCCGCAGAAGCUGUCCAGUAUAUCCGCACUCUCGAUUCCGUCAAGAAGCUCGGUAUUUGGGGGUUCUCGGCUGGUGGCCACCUGGCUGCGACGACAGUAACGAACCCGGAUGUCGCAGCACAAUUGGACUUUGCCAUUCUAGCAUACCCCGUGAUUACCAUGGACCCGUCCUUCACGCAUCCCGGAUCCCGCGAAAACCUCAUCGGCGCAAAUCCUUCGCCAGAGCUGCAAGCAAGCUUGAGCGGAGAGAACCGUGUAACGAACUCGACGCCUCCGGUGUUUUUGUUCCAUACCGCCAAUGACCCCGUAGUACCGGUAAAGAACACUCUGGUGUUCGCUGAGGCUAUGGCAAAGCAUGGUCGGAAAUUUCAGAGUCUGAUUCUGCCGGAUGGAGAGCAUGGUAUUGCUCUGGCAUUGGAUGACCCGGUACGGACCUGGACAGGGGAGCUGGAGAGAUGGUUGACGUACUCUGUUUGA